CCCACCUCUAAAUCACACUUUGCCGCUUUAUUGUUUAUUUUUGCAUCCUUUUUAUUGUUAUUAAAAGCAAUGAAUUUACUACCCAAAACACGGGAGGAAUUCGCUCAGACGGAUUAUUGGAACGAGUUCUUCAAGAAGCGGGGCGAAAAGGCCUUUGAGUGGUAUGGCGAAUAUCUGGAGUUAUGCGAUCAGAUCCACAAAUAUAUUAAGCCGGUGGACAAGAUCCUGAUGCUGGGAUGCGGCAACUCCAAACUGAGUAUGGAUAUGUACGACACGGGAUUUCGGGAAAUUACAAACAUUGAUAUCUCACCCGUCGCAGUAAAGAAAAUGUUGGAUCUGAAUGCCAAAUCCCGACCCGAUAUGAAAUUCCUGCAAAUGGAUGCCACAGCCAUGACUUUCCCAGAUGAAAGUUUCUCAGUGGCUUUGGACAAAGGAACACUGGACGCACUGUUUGCAGAUGAUGCUCCCCAAACUCGUCUGGUGGUGGAAAACUACUUCAAGGAGAUACUAAGGACAAUGCGCAAUGGUGGUCGCUAUGUAGGUAUCUCUCUUCUGCAAGAGCACAUCCUUACCUUCCUGUUGGAGUUCCUGCCCAAGCAUAAUUGUAUGCUGCGAAUUGUCCACUGCCUGGGAGUGGAACAGGCCAACAAGGAGAAGAAUGCCGACGAUGCCUUGACUCUGCCCGUUUUUGUUAUUGUUGCCACCAAGUUCAAGAGUCUUCCAAUGCCUAUUCUCGAAUUCGGUUUCGGUAACGAUAAGAUGCAGAGGUUCGCCACAACCUCCGAACUGAAUAGCGCCGUUUCCUCUGUACAAAAGGCCGCUUUAGUUUGCAACGGUUUGGCCAGAUCCAACAUAGCUGGACACAACGAAGUAAUCAUGGAUUUGCACCGACCUUCGGAGCAAACUCCUCGCUAUACGAUCCACAUUCUGGAUAAGCCACCAGCCCGAGGACUGGGCAAGUAUGCGGCGUUCAUUGUUCCCCAGGGAAGGGAGGUGGAGUGGCUAUUUGCCACGCCUGUUGGCCGGAAAAAGCUCCAGGAUUCCGCAAACUUCCAGCGACUGGCUGUGGUUACCCUUCAUCGCGAUCAGGUUUAUAGUACGCUGGACGAAGUUAAAGUAGAGUUGGCCGAUAGCAUAAAAAACCUAUCGCCGGCUGGACUUAGUGAACAGAUUCCAUAUCUAUCUCUCGGAUCUGAUGUGGGUAAAAGGGAGACUCUCAUCUGUGGCUUCUCAAAAAUAUCAGGAGAUUUCCGCAUCGAGGAAGUGGAGGCCAACGGCAAAACCCUGCGACGCCUUAUUUUCCUCAGCAAUCAGUUUGUCGUACAGUCGGAAGCCCUAGUCAAAACAGUCAAAAUCAAAGGAAAAAAGGAGCGCAAGAAGAUCGACUUUGGCUACUUGGCAUGUCAACAUCAUUUGUACAUGUCCGUCGGUGUUCAGCUGGCCACCACACUGCAGAAUCCCAAGAAGGAUGUGGAAAAGGAUGUUCUGGUCAUUGGCUUGGGCGGUGGUGGACUGUGCAGCUUUCUUCAUUCCGCUUUGCCUAAUGCUAGAAUUACGGCUGUGGAAAUUGAUCCUAUUAUGUUGGAGGUGGCUGAGCAGUAUUUCGAGCUCAAGCAGGAUCAACGGUUUCAUGUGGUUAUUGAUGAUGGGCUACAGUUUGUGGAGCGCUGUUGCAAUGAAGAUAUUCACUUCGAUGCCGUUUUGUUUGAUGUUGACAGCAAGGAUCUUAGCCUGGGCAUGAGUUGCCCGCCCCAAAGUUUUCUAGCCAACAAAAUCCUGCAGCACAUCAAGGAGAUCAUAGGGCCUAAAGGUCUUUUCAUGCUCAAUCUUGUGUGUCGCGAUGAAAGUCUUCGUGCCGAGGCCCUCGACAAUCUGCACAAAGUCUUCCCCGCUGUGUGCAGCUACAAAUUAGACGAAGACAUCAAUGAGAUUAUCUACUGUGCCAAUGAUGAAAAGUACAAAACUGUCGAACAGUGGAAAAAGAGCAUGGGCACCGCUGGCCGAGGUUUGAAUAGUGCCGUCAAAGAAACAAAACUGGCCAGCGACGAUGCCCUCGAGGUAGCAGAGUUCCUAAGCGAGUUGAAAAUAUAAUCUUUAUAAAGACCCAUUAGCAAGAACGAUUACGUUUUUAAAUAAAUGUUAAUUGUAUUUAGUUAUAAAUAAAGACUAAUCUAUUAACUAA